ACAACAGUUUUGUGUUUAGAGAAAUUAAAUUCCAAUUUUAAUACUCUUCAUUUAUGGAGAACAGAGACACUGAAACCUACCCACUCCUCACACCUCUAAACCACCGUCAACAAAACCAAACAACCACUGUUGUAUUCAACGCCGAAUCCAAUGAUAUUUCUCCGAUUACCGGCGCCGGCGAAUUCGCCAGGGAGUUUCUCGUGGAGUCAAAGAAACUAUGGUACUUAGCUGGCCCUGCCAUGUUCACCUCCAUCGCUCAAUAUUCUCUCGGCGCCGUCACUCAAGUCUUCGCCGGCCAUGUCGGUACUCUCCAACUCGCCGCCGUCACCGUUGAAAACUCUGUCAUCGCUGGUUUCUGCUUAGGCAUCACGGUAGGGAUGGGAAGCGCGUUGGAGACGCUAUGCGGACAAGCUUUUGGAGCAGGAAAACUUGACAUGUUAGGAAUAUACAUGCAAAGAUCAUGGUUGAUUCUAAACGCAACCGCGCUUAUUUUGAGUCUUCUAUACAUAUUUGCGGAUCCACUUAUGAAACUAAUCGGGCAAACAAAAGCGAUUUCAGAGGCAGCAGGGGUGUUUGCAUUAUGGAUGAUUCCUCAACUAUUCGCUUACGCAAUGAACUAUCCAAUUCAAAAGUUUUUACAAUCACAAAGUAAGAUAAUGGCUAUGGCGUGGAUUGCAGGGGUAGCAUUGGUUGGACACACGGUGUUUAGUUGGCUCCUUAUGUUGCACUUAGGGUGGGGACUAGCUGGUGCUGCGGUGGUGCUUAAUUGUUCUUGGUGGUUUAUUGUGGUGGCUCAAGUUGUUUAUGUUUUGAGUGGUUCUUGUGGUGAAGCUUGGACUGGUUUUUCGUUUAAAGCUUUUCAGGAUCUUUGGGGUUUUGUUCGUCUUUCACUUGCCUCUGCUGUUAUGAUGUGCCUUGAAGUGUGGUAUUUUAUGGCAUUGAUUCUAUUCGCUGGAUAUCUCGAGAAUGCUGAAGUUUCAGUCGAUGCAUUGUCUAUAUGCACAAACAUAUUGGGGUGGACUAUCAUGGUAUCCUUUGGAAUUAACGCAGCCGUAAGUGUGAGAGUAUCAAAUGAAUUAGGUGCAUCUCAUCCAAGAGCAGCAAAAUUUUCACUUGUGGUUGCUGUGAUAACUUCAUUUGCAAUUGGUAUAUUGCUUUCAUUGGUUUUAAUAAUCUUCCGACACCAGUAUCCUAUGUUGUUUUCAAAUGAUCCAGAAGUGAGAAAGGUAGUGAUUGAGCUGACACCAAUGUUGGCACUAUGUAUUGUGAUAAACAACAUUCAGCCAGUUCUUUCAGGGGUUGCCAUUGGGGCAGGGUGGCAAGCAGCUGUUGCUUAUGUAAAUGUUGCUUGUUACUAUCUCUUUGGUAUUCCUUUGGGCCUUUUUUUUGGCUACGCUCUUGAUUUUGGUGUCUUGGGGAUUUGGUCUGGAAUGCUGGCAGGGACUGUCCUACAAACUCUUGUUUUAUUUAUCAUGGUCUAUAGAACUGACUGGAAUAAUGAGGCGUCACUUGCUGAUGAAAGGAUAAAGAAGUGGGGUGGGGCAUAAAGAUAUCGAGAUGAACGAUAUUCGGAAGAGUCAUCGAGCAACAUGAAACUAGCAAAUUCUAGCAUUUAAUUUGUGCCUCUUUAUGUUUUCAAUUUAAGUAUGGAGAAAUCAAUAUGAAAUUUUAAUUUCUUUUUUCAUAUGAAAUUAGGGAAUGAAAAAAUAUUAUUAACUAAAGUGACAUUGAGAGUCAUUUUUACGACGGCUCUCAGCAUAAUUUAAAUUGUUUUUUGAGAAUUGAGAUUGUAAGAUGAAAUUAUUGUUGCUAAAUUGUUGCAUUUUUAAUUUAAGGAUUAGCAGUAUUCUUGGUCUCUAUAAUUUAAGAUUGAA